AUGACACCUAUUCCUACCACUGCAUUUACUGUCAAUAACGCCAAUUUAAUGCGAAUAUAUGAUGAGAAUUACUUGACCUGUUCAACACACAUGUCACAUCUAUUCAUUUAUCAUCAGAGUGGAAUGAACAGUGGAAUAUCGGUUAACUUCAUUACCCUGCCAGGUUUAGAAUCCCAUACUACAGAUGAAAAUGAAUGUAAAACUAUUUUAGUCAAAGAGUUAAGGCGGUAUAAUAGUCAGCAUAAUAAAUAUGACGAUGACAUUGAUGAUGAUGAUGACAUACCAACUUCAAAACUAAGCAUUAAGAAGUACAUUGAAAAAUAUUGUAUUGGAGAGGACAAUAUUUGUACAUAUUUGGGUAGAAUUACACCACUUAUCAGAUAUCCUUACAAUAUAUUAAAUCAUAUUCAAAAGCGCAUACCGCUACUUUAUGUGAAAGCAGAUAAUGUAACUGAACGCAAUUUCAGGUUAUAUGUGAAUACAUCAUGCAAUGUGAAGUAUCAAAUUAUAAGUUUAUACACACUAUUGACUGAAUGGAUAAAUUUUGCUUAUAAGGAGAAAAUAAUAUGGUGGAUAAGUUAUCGAAGUUUAUUAGGCUCUUUAAGACUAGACGACAUAAUUCCAUAUGAUGCUCAUUUAGACAUUGGUGUACUGGAUGCCGGUGAACAUGUGCUACAAAAGUUUGAAACGCCUAGGAACAGAAUUAGUUCAAGUAAACUGAAUAUAAUAUUCCGUGAUUCGGCCGAGUGUUCUGUCUCGCAAACGUCGACGACCGAUCAGUCAACACUGACAUUUGACGAUACCUCCUUUUCAAACAGUGGUAUACUUUCAUUCUGCGAACCUCAUGCCCGUGUAUUUCGUACUAAAAAUGCCUACAUCAACAUCUAUCCUGUUGAACUAGUUAUCACCGGUGAAGAUGGGAAUUUAAAACCGAUAAGUGCUGACUUCGUUGAUGAUUAUCUAAAUUCAUUCAGCGUUAACCCUACCAAACAGACGUAUGAUUUCACUAUAUUAUUUCCAUUAAAAGCGUGUAAUCUCAUAGGAUUGUCAGUUCCAUGUCCAAAUAAAGCAGAAUAUUUUAUAGAAACUGUUUAUGGUAAAAAUUAUCUUAAACCUAAAUAUUUGUGUAACUUAUUCAAUGGAAAAUGGGAAUUAAAUAAAAAGUAUUACUAA